GUGACUGGACUGCGUCGUAACUUUGGAAUGUUUAUUUUCAAAUUCGAAAGUGUUUUGAGUUGAAGGUCGCAAGAUUUGGACUCUACUCUCCAAUUACUGCUACACCAUUAUAUCUCUUUAUUCCUACAACACUUCUGGGAUUGGACUCCUAUACCGACUCUGCACCACCAGAGAGGAUGAACUUCGGAGGAGAAGACGCGCUACAGCGGCAGGACGCGGACCCUCAGCCCGGAUCGAGCGGACUAUACGAGCCCUGGACCGGGAGACGACGGGAACAAACACCAUUUGAUCAUCUUCCUCAAGACGAGCUCAACUACAACAGCGAGCAGAGUGACUCUGAGGAUGAUGAACCAGGGUCUAGUCAGCAGCAGGAUGUUCAAGAUGGAGGUGAUGAGAAUGAGGUGGCUGUGAGGAGCUCAUUCCCCAUUAGGAACCCAUCCCUACCUGCACGGAGCCCAUCCCCACCUAUAAGGAACCCAUCCCCACCUUCAUGGAGCCCAUCCCCACCCAUGAGGGUCCAUUUACCUAUAUUGGGCCAAUCACCUCCAUGGAGCCCAUCCCCACCCAUAAGGAACCCAUUCCCGCCUUCAUGGAGCCCAUCCCCACCCAUGAGGGUCCAUUUACCUGUAUGGGACCAAUCACCUCCAAGGAGCCCAACCCCACCCAUAAGGAACCUAUCCCCACCUUCAUGGAGCCCAUCCCCACCCAUGAGGGUCCUUUUACCUAUAUGGGGCCAAUCACCUCCAAGGAGCCCAUCCCCACCCAUGCAGAACCCAUCCCCACCCAUGCGGAACCCAUCCCCAACAAUAAGGAGCCCAUCCCCACCUGUAAGGAGCCCAUCCCCACCCAUUAGGAACCCAUCCCCGUUAAGGACACCACCCCCUCUAGGAAGCCCUUCAAGGAUCCCACGCGAUUCCAUUGUUGUGUUGCGCGACAUGGUGUCUGGUCAACCUUAUGUUCCAGCAACUGUGACCUUUCAGGUUCUGCGCCAGCAAAUAAGGAAGAGGGAUGAAGAGGAAGACGAUCAAAUAGUCCCUUCUGAUGAAGUAAUCCCUUCUAAUAAAAGACGGCGUGUGGAUCCUGAAUGGGAGACACAGGUAGUCAUGAGGCCCCUCCAAUUAUCCGUUGAUGUGAUUCCUGCACUAAGCGGAGAUCUUUGAGCCAACCCCAUAUAUAUCAACUCAUUUUCAUCACCCCCGUAUUCCUCAUGUGGUAAAUAUCAGUGGUAGGUAUCUGUGGUAAGUAUUUGACCUCUAGUCUUUAGCUUUAGUCUGUUUUUAAAUUUGUAGUGAAUAUUUCACUACCAGACUCUAGCAGUAGUCUAUUAUUUAUGUAAAUGAUUAAACAUGUGAGAUGGUAAGAAUCAGCUUGAUACCUUCUCUUCUGUUUUGUUGUCACGAGGUCAUCGUUCAACCUUCUUCCUCUCGCCUUGUAGAUGUCUGAGCCCAAGUACACUUUGUACAAAAUAAAAACUAAAUUUACACAAAUGAACCAGUUCAAAUGUUUACAUACCCUUGAUUUCUAAUAUUGUGUUAUUACCUGGAUGACUAACCACUGUUUUUAUGUUGAUGAUCCAGGUAACAACACACAGUAUUAAGAAUCAAGCAUAUGUAAACUUUUGAACUGGUUCGUUUGUGUAAAUUCAGGUAAUAUUUUGUCUUUUGGAUAAAUGUAAAUGUGAAAUAACUUAUUCAGGGCAAAACGUAAUAAAAAAACAAACCACAAUUCAUAAGAUCUGUAGGUCACUUUAUGACUUUAAAUUCUCUGCGUUUUUGAGCAGGUGUCCAGGGGAUUCUUACCACCAUCACUAGCAUUAAACCAUUUUCAUGACUGUGACAUAAUUUUGGUAAAAUAAUAAUAAUAAAACAGGAUAAAGUAGUUAUAGCAAUUAUGUUAGUUUAUAUAUGUCUGGUUAGUGUUCAAUGUAUAGGCUUGUUUCUAUAGUAGGUUGUAUAUUUAGGACAUAUGAAUUAGUAUUUAUUAUAGAAUUUAUAAUAAACCAGUUUUCUGUUUAUAAAUGUGUAGGUUGUGCAUAUUACUGCUAAUGUUUAUGUUGUUGUAAAUAUGUAUAUAUGAAGUAUUUAAGAUUAAGAUUUUAAGAUUAAGUUGUACAGAAGUAGUGCACUCCCACCCCCUAACCCCCGUCUAAAAGCCUCACCCCCACCCCCCUCCACUAGUUUAGAGUGUGUUCAACUACUUAUACCACAACGAUUUGCUAACAAUAACAUAGUUUCAUUUAUUAAAUAAUAAAAUAAGAAUUACUUUGUUAAAGGUUUUUAAAUUUAUAUGUUACUAGUCUCAGGUUAAGUUUGACAUGCAAGCCACUACAAUAAUACACACUUUUUAAUGCUCAAUUCAAGCAUUCAUUGUGGUAUAAAAUAUUAGUAAUGUACAGUUUAUGAUCAUUUAUGUUUGCUUUAAAAUAGUCAAUAAAUUUUCUU